AUGGUUGUGAACGUGUCUCCUAGGAGCAGUAUGGCCUCGAGAAGUAGGCGUGGCUCUACCAUCAACAAUCUGCUCAACUCCAUGGGUAUCAGACAAGGCUCAAACAACCCCGCGUCAGGCGCGAUGGAAUCUGCUCCGGCCUUUAAUGGAACGGCAAUCCGAGAAGAGGGGCUUCAGGGCAACAUAACGCCUCAAAACUUCAACCAAACCAGCGAUGUUGGCUUGGAGGACGUGGCCCACUCAAACCCAAUUAACGUGUUAAGUUCGGACGACGAAGACGACCGUGUCGUAGUGGACGACGACCCGAAUAAUGGUAUGGCUAGACUCGGUGGCAACGAGGAAAACGGCGUCUCUGUAUCCGCUAACAUGCUGGGCACAACCCCGUUUGACCACGCAUUCCAGAAUAGUCCUGUUCCCAACUUGGCGAAUCGUAUCGUGGAUGAACUGCCUAUUACGCUCACGUUGGGCCAGAAUGAUACACCUUCUGGACCGGGCCAGCAGCCGACUACGCUUACGCCGGGCGAAGCACAUUUGGUUCCGAAGCCCUUGCGGCAUUUCGUGUAUGGUAAUACGCACCCAGAGAGCGCUCUUGAGCUGCUAGCUUUGGACCUUCCCAGGAACGCACCUGUUCCGGAGCCCGUAAGCCCUGAUACAGUACAGUCCCGCAAGGACAAAAAUGGGUUGUUUAGUCUGAGGCUUACACCGUUUUUGGACCAAUCUGCGUCCACGAAUCCGGGCCUUUACUUCGAGCCAAUUGUGAGAACGGCUGGUCCAUGUUCACAAUUGGUUAUUGGAAGAUACACAGAAAGGGUCAGGGAAUCCAUAAAUCGAAUCCCGGAACAUUUUCAUCCUGUCGUAUUUAAGAGCAAGGUGGUCUCCAGGACACACGGCUGCUUCAAAGUGGAUCAAUUCGGCAAUUGGUACAUUAGAGACGUCAAAUCUUCAUCCGGUACAUUUCUGAAUCACCAUAGGCUGGCGCCUGCUUCGACAAUGUCUAAAGACACUUUGCUUCAAGACGGCGACGUUGUUCAACUGGGUUUAGAUUUUAGAGGGGGUACGGAAGAAAUCUAUCGAAGCGUAAAGAUGAGAAUUGAGUUAAACAAAUCCUGGAAAAGGCGUGCGAUGAGAUUCAAUCGCGAAGCUCUGCAAAGACUCAAAAAUCUGCAAAGAAUGACCACUGGAUUAGAAGAAGAAGAUUGUUCAAUUUGUCUCUCUAAGAUAAAACCAUGCCAAGCAAUUUUCAUAUCCCCAUGCUCUCAUAGCUGGCACUACCAGUGUGUUCGUCGCUUAGUUAUGACCACAUACCCACAGUUUGUUUGUCCAAAUUGCAGGUCGAGCUGCGACUUAGAGGCAUCACUGGACAGUGACAUGGAUAGUGAUGAAAACGAAUUUGACGUCGUUUCAGAUGAGAUCAAGGAUAUGGAUAUGCAACAGGAUAGCGACUAA